AUGUCGCUCCGUCGCGUCCUAUCCAACAUCCUCGUGAUGACCGCGAUGAUCGCGAUGGGCCUAGUGGCAACCAGGGCUCUAAUAGCCACCAUGGAUGGGGCAAUUACUCCAGACUCUGUCUCGAUGAGUGUAGCCCAGGCUAGCCUUGCGCGCCUCUGGCACCGCCGUCUCGGCCAUCCAGGCGUUGAUGCCUUCAAUCAAAUGACAAAGACAAACCCCGAGCUUAUGCUCUUCAAGUCCAAGCACCUUCGUGGUCAAUUAUGUGAGACUUGUUCUUAUGCCAAGUCCAAGCGCAACCUAUUCUGUACGAGCACUUCGUUAAAGCCGAUCAGCAUGACAAAUCAAGUUCAACACGGGCAUACGUUCAACAACUUUCCCUCCGCUUUGUACUGCACCGAUGUGAAGUUCCAACCAUCGUACCAUCCGACGGGCCGAUUCGACGAGGCCAAACACUACUUUUCAGGUAAACAUAAGCUGUAUGGCCUCAAGCUCGAGUACUCCGUAGCAUACCCAUGUGUGGCUGUUAAUAGGUCCGAACACAGUCCUGGAUCUGUUGCGGAUGUGACAAUGUUCAUGCAUCGCCGGCAUGUCCAUAAAGACAUGCUUCGCAAGUCAGCGUCUGAGAUCAAAGAAGUUGAUCACGACGAAGGUGCCGAGGAGUAUCCAGACUCGUGGAGCAUACUGGUGGACAUGGGCUACCAAGGGAUCCAACACGAAGUGCGGUCCAUGCAACCCAAGCGAAGACCUCAAGGCGGCCUUCUCACUGCACGAGAGCUUGAACGAAAUGCCCAAGCGUCAUCGGAUCGAGUGCUGAUGGAGAACUACUUUGGACGCAUAUGCAGCCUUUGGAAGGUCAUGCGUGAGACGUACAAGUGGAACGAAUCUCGUUUUGACCGAAUUUGA